AUGGAAGGUCAAAGAAGCUCCACCAAUAAAAGAACCAUCAACUUUGACAAUGGGUUGAAUUCCAACAAUCCUGGGUUGUUUCAGCUGAAUGGAGUCCCAGUAAAUACCCCAGAUCAUUGCGGCUUCACUUCCAUGGGAUCAAAUGGAUCCAGCUCUACUAUGAACUCACCAGGCCAGGUCAAUCUUGGGGAUUCAAGCCUGGAACGUGGAUGCUUGUUUUCUCUUGUCAAUCAUACUGGAACUGGCCAGAGGUUAGAGGGAAGGAAUUCUGGUCUGACCUUUAAUGGGCCAUCAGCUUUGCAUGCUUCUGGUUCUUAUGCUGUCCCUCAGGUUAACUUAAAUGUAGCUUACCAAGGCAAUGAUGGCUAUAGUGGUCAGGUCAUGGGAUCUGAAACUCUUGAACAUGUGGUUGAAGAAGUAAAUCCGGGCUUGGGUUCAUCAGGUGGAGAGUACCGAUGUAACAAAAGAAAAAUUCCUGAAAAAGCUCCUGGACAACUUCCUUUUUGUGGAAAUUCAAGCUCCACAAGGCAAGUUGUAAUUCCGGAUAGCCAACAAAGUAAAUUAGCCCUGAUGGAAGGUCAAAGAAGCUCCACCAAUAAAAGAACCAUCAACUUUGACAAUGGGUUGAAUUCCAACAAUCCUGGGUUGUUUCAGCUGAAUGGAGUCCCAGUAAAUACCCCAGAUCAUUGCGGCUUCACUUCCAUGGGAUCAAAUGGAUCCAGCUCUACUAUGAACUCACCAGGCCAGGUCAAUCUUGGGGAUUCAAGCCUGGAACGUGGAUGCUUGUUUUCUCUUGUCAAUCAUACUGGAACUGGCCAGAGGUUAGAGGGAAGGAAUUCUGGUCUGACCUUUAAUGGGCCAUCAGCUUUGCAUGCUUCUGGUUCUUAUGCUGUCCCUCAGGUUAACUUAAAUGUAGCUUACCAAGGCAAUGAUGGCUAUAGUGGUCAGGUCAUGGGAUCUGAAACUCUUGAACAUGUGGUUGAAGAAGUAAAUCCGGGCUUGGGUUCAUCAUGUGGAGAGUACCGAUGUAACAAAAGAAAAAUUCCUGAAAAAGCUCCUGGACAACUUCCUUUUUGUGGAAAUUCAAGCUCCACAAGGCAAGUUGUAAUUCCGGAUAGCCAAGUUCUCCCCACCAUGAGCAAUUUUGCUGGGAGUGCAAUCCCAUACACUUCUCGAGAAAAUCUUCUAAAUCCUAAUCACUCAGGCCAAGUGACACAUAGACUUGGUUCUGUAAUGGCAGAAUCAGAAUCUUACAUGCAUGGAGCUUCAAGGGAAGUAAGAAACACAGAAAGUUUUCACAGAAAUAUACGCCAGAGAAGAAUAGAAAAUCAUCAAGAUCUUCUACCGGCAAACGCAUUUGUCUCAGGAAAUUCUGUAAUAAACUCACCUGUGGAGUUACCAGGUCAGACAUCCAUAGUUUCCCAAUUGGAUCACUCCAAUAGCUUUCCUGGACAUAUUGCUUCUACAUUGCGAAGUGGCUCUACUGUGGCUCCCCCAGGGUUUGCUCAACACCAAGUAGCUGAAGGCUCUUCAAAUGGCACCAGUGCUGGGUUCCAGCUAUCUUCUGGUCUACCAGGGUUGCCUUGGGGAAAUAAUGCAGACCGGUAUACAGAGAGGUUGUCAGAUAUUGUUGUUCAAUCCAGGACUACAUUGACUGGCUCCAACUAUGGAGCGCAGGGUGGUAACAACCCAGAACACUCGAUUAAUUCACCUACUGAACAAACUUUAAGAGCUGCUAGAAGGGGUGACGUAAACGCUCUUCAAAGUCUCCUAACGCCAGGACUCUUUAUGACUAGAUUUGAGAGGCAUAAUGCCCCUCCAAUUCCCCGUGAACAGAGGAAUAUUGAUGUUGCUCGCAGGGGAGCCAUGUUGGUAUUUGAGAUUCGUCGUGUUUUGGAUCUCCUACGCAGGUCUGACCCUGUGCAAGAUGAGUUCUAUCGGGAACCUGAGGAGGAGGGGGAGGACGAUGACGAGGAGGAUGACGUGCUUGAAGAUAUGCAUUUUGAUGUUGAUGAUAUGUCUUAUGAGCAACUAUUGGCUCUAGGAAAUCAAAUUGGAAAUGUGAGCUGUGGAGUGAACAAGGAUACUAUUUUCACCCAUCUGAAGCGGUGUAGGUAUCAGUCGGGCACAGCAGGACCUCAAGUAGAUCGGCCACGAUGCUGCAUUUGUCUGGAUGGUUAUAUCAAUGGGCAGGGGGUUGGCAAUCUGGAUUGUGGGCAUGAUUUCCAUUUUCAUUGCAUCAGAGAUUGGCUCCUGGAGAAAAAUUGUUGUCCCCUUUGCAAGAGGACUGCUUUGCCCAAAGAUUGAUGAAAUGUUAAUUUUGGGGCUCUGUUUCUUCCAAAUCAGACAUAAUUUACUGAGCCCUAAAAAUUAUCUCGAAUGUUUGUUGUUGAAAUUUGAUGUCAGUAGACUUUUUCUUAUGUUUGUGUCGUACUCAAAAACUUUCGUUACACCAGUUGACAUCUCUGUUAGAUGCCUUGGUGUCUUGUGCUGUCUUUUCUACUCUCAAAACUGAUGAUUUCUCAGGCUGUGGUGACCUACUGGGUUAUCCUUCUACCACAGAAUCUAAGAGGAGCAGAGGUUUGUAAUGUCACUGAAGCAGCAGGUGUUUGGAAGAAUAGAAGGAAACCUCAGUUCAGAGAAUCAGCAAAUUUUGUGAAGGUGGUUAUGAGAUAGCUGCUUUUCAAGUAUUUUUAG